AAUAUUUUGAUGCACUUAUCAAUGAAAAUUAUAAUGUAAUUCAUUAAUAUUUGACCUAUUUUUCCCAUUCGAAGUGCUUCUUAUUUAAUUAACUCAAGUACUAUUUAGAAAGCAUGGUUGGACGACAAAUAUAAAAGUGUAUAUUUCAGAGUUUUUGACGUAUUUCCGAUGACCACUCAAACUCAAUAAAAUUUGACAUAAAUUUAGUGUGGAUGCAUUGUGGGAAUUUCUCAUAUCUGUCGCCAUUUUGACGCUUGAGUGAUGUUUUCUACGGCAAGAUGACAGCGUUCCGCUUCAGAUAUUGUAGUUUUUGAAAGGGCAGCGUUGUUUUGUAUAGAGGCGUUUGCAGCCAGCACGAUGAGCACACAGAGCGUUCAGGUCAAGUUGGAGCUUGGCCACCGAGCCAACAUUCGUGACAAGCCCACGCCUCAGGGAUUCACUCAUGACUGGAUGGUGUUCGUCCGGGGCCCAGAGGGCAGCAACAUCCACCAUUUUGUGGAUAAGGUCGUCUUUCAGCUGCACGAGAGCUUCCCAAAGCCCAGAAGAGUCGUCAAAGAGCCACCGUAUGAAGUCGCUGAAUCGGGCUACGCAGGCUUCCUAAUGACCAUCGAGGUUCACUUCCGAUCCAAGGAAGAGCCCAAGAAGGUCAUCUUGAACUACGACCUCUUCUUGAACACGGAGCAGCAACCUCCGGUCAACCACAUCCGAUGCGAGAAGCUGACCUUCCACAAUCCGACCGAAGACUUCCGCAGGAAACUGCUCAAAGCCGGAGGGGUUGGCGUGUUGCCUACCGACCCCGGCAUUCCUACCUCUCCUACGACGCCGCCCAAUUUCCCGGUGUCAGAGGGCGGGAUUGGAGGCAAACCCCUUCCGCCUUCGUUCAGCGACUCGUCCCUGUAUGCCAAGGGCAAGCCCCAAGCCGCUGCGCCCAGUCUACAGGUCAACAAAAAGAAGACACAAGCAGCGAAGGAUGGCAGUAAAACUUCGUCCAAGCCUGUGAAGGAUCACAAGGAGGUUAAAACUGCCUCUAAGGAGCCCAAGACAUCAUCAAAGGAGCCCAAAACGGGCUCCAAGGAACCUAAAACAAGCUUCAAGGAGCCCAAACCUGGUCCAAAAGAGCCCAAAACAGGCUCCAAAGAGCCCAAAACAGGCUCCAAAGAACUCAAAACAGGCUCCAAAGAACCCAAGUCCAGUAGCGGGAAGGAUUCUAAGGUUGGAAGUAAAGAUAGCAAGACUCCUGUGAAGGAUACCAAGUCUGGCUCUAAGGAGCCCAAGUCGGGCUCCAAAGAAUCCAAAACUAGCCCCAAACCACCCCCUAAAGAUUCCACUAAGACUAAACCCAGUGCCAAGCGGCCUUCCUCUACCUCACCAGCUCCUGCCCCAACAUCUCAGGACUCUGCCAAGAAACGGAAACGGAAGGACUCAAGCGACAGAGGUCCGCAUGAAAAGAGCUCCUUGGCUAAGCCUUCUCCUGCAGAAAAGAGCUCUUCAGGAGAUAAAGCCAAACAGAAAGAGAAACCUAGUAAACCAAAAACUGCAAAGCCAGCUGUGAGCCGGAGCGAUGCUGGACUUUUUACUCCUGAAAUCUGUAUCUCAAGGAAGCCGUCGAAGAUGGCACCUGAACCUCCUAAGGAGCUACCUCCGUUUGAGGAUGAGCUGAGUACGGGAGAAGGCGGGGAGGCGCACAGCCCUAGCUCCAGCAUCAGCUUCUCUUCCUUACCAAGAGGAGGUGGGGGAGUCUUAAACACCCUCAUGGCAGAACUCGGAGACGAGAAUGAUGAUGAUGACGAUGAUCAAGACAUCGGUCUGCCAUACAGGAAGACUCCAUCUCCGAUCCCACCGCUGCCACCACUCAGCAAUCACUCCACCUCAUCCAAUGAACAAGGCUACGGGAACUUUCCCUCAGUGACACCUGCUGCUUCAGACAAAACUAAAAGCACCUCAAAAUCAAGCAGUAGUAAAAAGAACAGCACCAGCAACGGCUCAAAGAAAAACAGCUACAGUAGCAAAGGCGAACGGAAGCAAAAGGGCAGCGACUCAAAGCAAAAGAGCACAGACGCUAAACAGAAAACUCCAGAAGCCAAACCAAAGAGCUCUGAUGGGAAGCAAAGAAGCUCUGAGAACAAAUCCAAAGCGGUGGACACUAAGCCCAAACAUGCUGACAAAAAAUCGAGUGAUUCCAAACCGGCCAAAACCAACGAAGGAAAACUCAAACAUGCAGAUUCAAAACUCUCCAAGGGGAACCAGAGUUACCUCAACGACUUGGUUCUCUUACACCAGAAACUCAGCCACUUGCAAAACCGGGACCAGUUGCAGAGAGUAGUAGACCUAAUCGAGGAAACUGGACUCUUUAACAUAACGGAUGCCACGUUUGACUUUGACCUCUGCUCCCUGGAUCAAACAACGUUGCGGAAGCUACAGGAAUGUGUGUCACUGUUUGCGUAGUGCAGGUCAGCUUGAUGGCUCUAGCUCUCCCAUCCCACUUCUGCCACCAUUUAUUAGUCUCCUCUCAAGUCGUUAAUGCCUUUAUACAGGCAAGUGCCAUUGUUAAUUACAGGGUAAGUGUUCAAUAGCAGUCAGUGGCAGGCUGUUUUUGUUUUCUUCAAAAAUGGACACCUGUGAAGGUCACACAAAUACUGUUGGUUUAAGAAACAGCUCGCUUAAGCUCAAGAGGUUUAAAAAAAAAAAAUCAACAAUCUUUGUUGAGUGUUGACGGGUUUCAGAUGUUUUGCCAAAAUGUUUGCCAUUUCAUAUGUCCAACUCGGACAGUUUCUCACAAAAUCUGCAAAUAUCCUUUUUUGUGCCAUAUAACUGGACUGUUUCAAACAUCGAGGGAAAAAAAAUGGGUCGAACCUUAUCACAAGACACAUCUUGGGGAUGUUUGUUUAAAAUUCAGAAUAAUAAUAAUAAUCAUAAUAGCGGGAUCUUAUAUAGCGCCUUUAACUAAGAUCAAAGCGCUUUACAUUAUUAUUACCCCUGAUCAUUGGGCCAAUUAAACAUUCCAUAUACCAUCUCAGCUCCCUGGGGAGUAUACAGCUCGAUGCAGCCUGUUAGGCGCAAGGAAGCUAAUUCAAUCACAAUAACCAUCUCUACCCUCGCAGGUACCCAUUUACUCCUGGGUGGGGAGAAGCAAUAAGUGACAAAGUGCCUUGCCCAAGGGCACACGCACCAUAACCCCAGGCUGGACCCGAACCCACAACCUGCAGAAUUACCCGCAGACCACGAAUUCAAUGCCCCAGACCAUGAGGCCACGGCAGUCAAGGUUUUACAAAGUACAUUCGAAAGUUCUUUUUACAAGAAGUAUUGAGGUACAUGUAUUAAACAGUUCAGAGAGACUCAGUUGAUACGGACAAGUGACAAUUUAUGUGUGUACAGGUAACGACAUAUUUGUUUUAAAGUUGUGUUACAUGAAAGUUAAGAAAUGUGUUAUGAAUCUGCAGGAUUCGGAAAUAUGUCAAAAAGUAAACCCAACGCAAAAAAAAAAACAAGUCAAACUUGUAAGCAAGAAGUAUUUUUAUACAAACUUUUGAUGGGAAAUAUUUUCCCGAGUGUGAAAGAUGCGUUCCCUUUUUUGUUUUUUUCAGGCAUGGUUGGAUAUAAAAGUAGGAUUUUUUGACAUGUUUCACUCAAUCUGUAGAGUUAUUUAUGUGUCUCAAAAAUAAAGUUUGUGCCAAAUUUAGUCGAGUUUCCAAGGGAACUUGAUAACUUGCCUUUAAGGGGGGAAAAGGGUAAUCAUAUAAUUGUAGGAUUCCCAUAAGCGUGCUUCGUAAUCCAACUGCGCAUGUGCAUAUCAAGUUUUGACGAUAUUUCUUUCGGAUAAACAUUUCAUCUUAUGCGCGCAAAAGCGUAGCAGGGUACAGGCAACAUUGAAGAGAUCAUCGUGUUCUAAAGUAUAACAUGUUGCGAAAAACCUUUGGAUAGCGAAGUGUUUUUAGGUGUCUUGCGUGUCAAAACUUUGGUGCGGACGAAAGUUCCAUCUCUUUUCGAUUCACGAAAAAUUGCACAGAAUGCAGAUUUGGUUGCCACGUCCCCCAUAGCCUUGGGUACAUUUAUCUGCCGCGGUUAUCCCGAAAACAAAAUCGUCAAAUCUUGCUGUACACAAGACUAUUUUGGAAUACGGAACUCGCUUAUUUAUCCAGCAAUUUUGGCUGCAAUUGGAUUUUUUUUUUUUUAAGAAAACAUAAUAAGUGGGAAAAUGAUAACAUAAAAAUGCUCACAGGUAUGGUCUACAGGGUGGUUC